GUGAAACACUGACUCUUUGCUGUCAACAUGGCAAGUCUUUUCACCGUUGUGGCCAUGCUGGCUGUGCUGUCCGGUGGGUUGUGUGAGGAGAAAAAAUUUCUGCAGCGAGCAGGUGCAGCCUUCAGCAACAGGCAGUACAGAUCUCUGCUCACUGUGAGCAACGGAGAGCAGUUUGGAAACUGGACCUGGCCCGAAAUGUGUCCUGACAAGUUCUUUGCUGUUGGCUUCAGCCUCAGGGUGGAGUCUAACCAGUACGGGGGUGACGACACUGCUCUGAACGGGAUCCGCCUCAUCUGCGCCAAAGACGGGAACCGAAGCUUCCUUUACUCUGUUGAAUCCCACACCGGCUACUUCGGUGACUGGACCCAUCCCCAGUACUGCCCCAGUGGCGUGCUCACCUCCUUCCAGAUCCGCGUGGAGCCCCACCAGGGUCUGUUCGGUGACGACACGGCCAUCAACAACAUCAAGUUCCGCUGCAGCAGCAACCCGACGCUGGAAGGCUCCGGCAUGUCCUGGGGAGAGUACGGCUUCUGGAGCCAGGAGUGUCACGAUGGAGGGAUCUGCGGCAUCGAGACCAAGAUGGAAGAAUACCAGUACGGUCUGGACGACUCCACCCUCAACGAUGUGCGCUUCCACUGCUGUAACACACCUCAGCAGUGAUGUGCAGGUGAACAUGGAGCAGCCUGAUCCUGAGCCAUCUGAGCCAGUCCGUCUCCAAUGUCCUCAAGCUGACAAAGAAUAAAAAGC